UGGCAAGAAGAUGAGAUUAAAGAGUUUAUUUAAACUUGAUUCAGCCGUUUACUGUAAUGGUCCUUGAUCACUUAAAAAAUCAUCCUUCAACGGACAGCGAUAAAAAGAAGCAGGAUGAAGACGAUCUACAAACUGGGUAUUUGUCUGCUGAUAUGUUGCUCGACUCCUUUCACUUCUGCUAGUGAUAUAUGUCCAUAUGAACUGACGACUUUUUGCACCUGUGAGAAUGAGUAUGUUGGAUUCAGUGGGUCUAAUCAAAGCGCAGGUGCACCAACGAUUGCACCAACGACUGCACCAGAAAAGCGCUUUUAUUACCAUCAUACCAUUGUGGAGUGCAACUUAGUGACACGCAGUCGAUCAAGUUUGGAAGAAGUUGUUUCAAGACUUUACAGGAAAUCGGUAGACAGGCUGACAGUGUUGAAUGUCCCAUCUGAGAAAGAACAGCCAAUUGUGAAUUUACCCUAUCACUGGCUCCAGCACGUUAGGGUAAAACAUUUUCAGAUUAAGAAUACUGCUCUGUCCGGAGAGUUCAUCUGGAAAGGAAAGCCAUUCGAUGGUCAAGAAAAAAGCUUGGCUUGGUUGACCGCUAUGGGUUGCUCUCUGACUGGGUCUCUAACCAAAGACACUCUGGGUAGCAUUAAUACGAAAGGCCUGGAAGAACUGCCUCGACUCGAAGGUUUGGAUCUAUCAGAAAACCACCUGAUGAGUGUCGAAGCUUGUGCAUUCACGAAUAAGCAUCCCCUGCUAGCAACAAUCAUUUUAUCACGGAAUGUUAUUCAGGAAGUAAAAAGUGGUGCAUUCCGAAGGUUGAACAAAUUGCGCUAUGUAGAUUUGUCUCACAACAUGCUAGAAAACAUCAAAAGAGAUAUUUUUGAAUCUAAGCCUAAAUAUCUUAAGAAGAUAAAUAUCAGCUGGAACCGCAUGAAAUAUUUGCCAGAAGAUAUUUUUAGUAAUAUGACUUCCUUAAAAUAUGUGGACGUCAGCUACAACUUUUUAUUUUCUAUGCCUGAAAAACCUUGGAAAAGCGUCUGGUGGAAGCUGAAAUACAUAAGUGUUAUAGGAAAUUUCGUGGAAUGCAACUGCGAUUUGAAAUGGAUGUUCAGCAACUCUACAAGUAUUUUGAUAGAAAGCGAGGAAAGAGUCAUAAAGGGUGAAUGCGCUACCAGGCCACCUUCGCUCUUGUCUCAUAACAUCGAUUUGUAUUUAAUUCGGCUAAAGGAUCUGAUGUGUGAAAGCCAGGAGGAUUUGUAAUAUUAUCAUAUACUUUGUGAUACAUUAAAAAUACUCGGGGCAUUUCUCCCAUAUUUUCAUGGCCGCAUUGAACUAUCGAGCACUGUAGCUCGCAUCUAAUAUUUUAUGUACUGCUAUAUUUUAAUGUACAGCAUAGAGUUCAAUUCAGCAAGAUUUUUUCUGUUCUUUCUUCAUUUUCUUUAAAUACUAUUUGAAACAAAUAUUUUUUGUUUAACAUUCAAAUAAGAUAUUUUAACACCUCUUUGGGAAUUAAUUGCUAUCAUUUUUGUAAGGUAUAAGAACUUACUUUCAUCAGAAAUACAUUUGUAAGUAUCUGUGGAUCAUCCGCAAAUAUUAGCUCCCAUAUUCCAUAUUAAUUUAGUGCUAUUAUUAUGUAUUAUUAGCUAUAUGUAGUCUGUUAAUUCAAAAUAAAGGAUGAAAAGCCAUUAAACACUUG